AUGUUUUUAUGUUGGGAAUUGAAAUUACUGACGCAUGAAAGUUUGGAACGUCAAGUGGAAAGUGCACAUUUACAUGACAAACCCAAUUCCGUUGAAGCGUGCUUCAAUGACGUCACUGAUCAGAUAUCUCGCUCAACAACAACUCAAGAGUACUUUCCAUUUGUCGCCUUUCCAAUCAUUCAAGUUUUUAUUUUUAUGAAAAGCAACGCUCAGAAGUCUGAAGGAACUCCACAUAAACCUUCAAUGGUUCAAAUGAAAACAGAAACAUUCAACAUGAAAAUAUUUCCACUCGAGUAUGACUAA